GGCAUCGGACACUCUGAUUCGCAGCCGUCGGUUCUGCCGUUCAUUAGCCCAAGGACGAGGAGACGCACGCGGGACCUCCGGCGCAGCACGCGCGCAACAUGGCCGCAAAAGACAGCGUACCGGCGAGCUUUCUGAGCGUGAGCCGGGAGAUGACAGAGAGCAUCAAGAGAGUGAUUGACAAACCGUCCAUCAAGUUUGCACAAGCCAUCAAAGUGGAGAGCAAGAAUGGGAAAUCAGAAGACAGGGUUUUGGUGUUGGCUACAUGGCGGCUUUACCUCAUGGCUCCAAAAUUACCAACCAAGGUGGAACAAACAUUUAACUACCUGGAGAUUCGUGCUAUAAGCCCUCAUCCAGAGAACCAGGUCGUCAUAGAGACAGAAAAGUCCACCCACGUCUUCAGGCUACAGUCGAGUGACCACAUGGAUCAGCUACUCAGCCACAUCAACUUCACUCUCUCACGCAUCUUCAAUAACUCCAUCUGCGUUUCCUCUAUUUUUCAAGCAGAUGGUGAGGUUUCUGAUGGGGGGCAUAAAUAUUCACCAAGCUCUGAAACAUCAGUGGAGGCUCAGAGAGCAUGUGGAGGUUUCUCGGAGACUUACGCUGCGCUGUGUGACUACAACGGCAUUAGCUGCAAAGAGGAAGUGCAGUGGGAUGUGGACACUAUAUAUCACUCCCAGGACAAUAGGCAGUUUAAUCUGUUAGACUUCGCUCACCUAGAGAGCAGAGACCUUGCAGUCAUCGUGGCAUCUAUGGCAUACAAUACAUGGUUCACCAAGCUGUACUGCAAAGACAUGCGCUUAAACUCUGAGGUAGUGGAGCAGGUCCUCCACACUGUCAGUAAAUCCAGCACUCUGGAAGAACUCACUCUGGAGAACGCUGGGCUUAAAGUGGAUUUCCCUCAGAAAAUGGCUGCUGCUCUGUUGGAAAACCCGGCAUCUGUGCUCCACUCCCUCAACCUGGCCCACAACACAUUUGACAAUCAAGGAGUGUCAAAUCUCAUCCAGCAGGUGUGUCAGCUCAGCAAAGGCCUUCGUCUGCUCAACCUCUCCAAGACCUCAUUCUCCUCUAAAGGUGUGAUUUCUCUGUCUCAGGCUCUAUGUUCCAGUGAUGACUACUCCAACUCUCUUCUGCAUCUUGACCUGAGCAGGAACCCAGGCAUUCUUUCUGGAGAGGAUGCUACAAAUCUGUACCUGUUCUUGGCUCAGCCCAACUGCUUGGUGCAUUUAGAUCUCUCAGGCACAGACUGCGCAGUGGAAUCAUUGUUUGGUGCUUUACUCCGAGGCUGCUGUGCCGAUCUCUCAUACCUGAAUCUCUCAAAGAACUCUUUCUCUCACAGGAAAGUGAAAGAUACACUGCCCACCUUCCGUCAGUUCUUCGCCUCAGCGUUCAGCCUCAGCCAACUCGUCAUGGGUUCAAUGAAGAUGCCCCCAGAUGUGCUCAGGGCUCUCUUUUUGGGACUGUCCUCCAACCCUCACAUCUCUGACCUGCACCUGGACAUCAGUGGUUGCGAGCUCAGAUCAGCAGGAGCAGCAGUGAUAAAAGACUUGUUUCCCCAAGUCUCCUCCAUUAGUACCCUGAACAUCUCAGAUAAUGGCUUGGAUGCUGAUCUUUACUCGGUCAUCCCAGCCUUCUCUCGUCACCCCUCCCUCAAGCAUCUGCUGCUGGGCAAGAAUUUCAGUGUCAAGGGCAGGUUGCUGGAUGAAAUCAUACAAAAACUAGUGCAGUUAGUGCAAGAAGAAGAGUGUGGUCUGCAGAGUUUGUCCUUGGCUGACUCCAGACUGCGAUCCCGAGGAACGGUGCUAGUGAAUGCACUCGGCAGCAACGCAUGUCUCAGGAAAGUGGAUUUGAGUGGCAAUGGUCUGGAGGACACGGGGGCCAGGAUGUUGAGCAAAGCCUUGCAGAUCAACACCACUCUCAGGAGCGUGACAUGGGAUCGGAAUAAUACUACAGCUGCUGGUUUUCAGGAUGUAGCCCGAUCUAUGGAGCAUAAUUUCACUCUGCAGUGCAUGCCUGUGCCAUUGAGUGAUGUUACGCAGGCAUACCGCAGUUCCCCAGAGAAGACCGAACAGGCAAUGACAAAGAUCCAGCGGGCAUUGCUAAGAAACAACCAGACUCAGCGCUUCUCUCAGAAACAAGCUCUCAGACUGCAUCAGGGUCUAGUGACUAGCACUGCUGAGCAGGUGAUGGAGCGCCUGUGUGUGCGUGUUCAGCAGCAGGUAUGUGUAUUACGAGCAGCGGGUGAGGGAGAGGAGCUGCAGGCUGCCAGGCAAGUUCUCAAGGAGGCCAGGAACUCUCGCGCUCUGUACCCUUCUCUGUGUGAGCUGGCUCACGUGCUUUCUGUAGAUGGACCAGUUAGACAGAAACUGGAGUCUCUCACUGGAGAACUGGCUAAAGCAGCUGACAAAGAGCUACAAGUGAUUGUAGACUCCAUGGUAUCGCUGUGUCGGGAACUGUGUCCCCUCUCCUCAGCUGCAGCAGAACAUCUUUCUCCUCCUCUCUCUUCUAUCUCCGAACGCGUGUCCUUCCCCCGUUCUGCCAUCCGCUCUGCACUGAUGGAGAGAGCAGCCCAGGACAUCGACCAAGCUCUAGAAGAAGUAAAGAUGUCUGUGGUUUCCUAUCUCACCAACUCGGUAGUGGAUCAGAUCCUUCAAGAGCUCUAUGCCACUCACAAGACACUGCUUCAGCAGGUGGCUCGGGUGAGGCGACCGGACGACAGUGCCAUGAUCCGACACACGCUCCGACAUCCUGACACUACUGACAUCCCCGAGGACGAUUUCAGUAUCAGCAUUGAUACAAUCGCCAUAAAGAAACGCAGCUCUAGGACACGACGCAUCCGGCCCGUUUCCACCAGGCUGAGUCUAGGUGAUGAUCUCAACUUGUCCGCUCCACUUUCUCACUUUGCCUCUUGGGAAAAUUUGUCCAGUUUGCCUACCCAAGGUGCACCUCUGCGCCAUGUAACCCACAUCAGACCCCGCCCACCAAGAAGGCAUAGGCCGGGACACACCUCUCUAGAUAUGCAUUCUUCUGAGAAUGGUGGGGUGAGCCUGUUGGAUGACGGACUGCCUGAUUUCUACACCAAGAGGGUCUUACCAGACAGUCAAUUGUCCUCUCAUCAUGCCCAAUCUCUGAGGCGGAAGAAGAGGCGCAAUGUGCUGUCCAUCUUUUCAGGAUUCAGGAAGAACCGUUACUCUGCAUCAUAUCAAGAGCCAGUGCCUGCAAUCCAGGGGGAAGUGUGUGGGGAUGAAUGUCGCACCAACGCUGGUACAGAGAACCUGUACUCGGUCAUUCACCACCCUAAGGAUUUCCAAGAGGAAGCCAAUGGCAGCCCAGGAGAUCAAAAACCUCCUCAGAUCUCAGGCCGAACUUUUUAUGGCAUACUGCUGCCAGGGAUGGGGGCAGUGAGCCCCUCCUGCAUCACACAAUCACAUGAAUACAGUGACGUGUUCAUCUCCCCGGGUAUCACUGUCCCUGCAAACAGAGACAAUAAAGGACAGAAAGCUCCUAAAGACAAUCAAGAUGAGCCACAUGUCCAGGGUUCAAACUCCUCCUCCACUCAGUUGGAGGAGGAAUUGAGCGUGCAAUCGCAGCAGAGACCCGAGCCGCCUCCUCAGAGUAGCAAGCCGAGACUGGGGAACACAAGACAGCACCAUCUGGAGGAGAACUCUGAUAAUACAGAAGAGAAUGCUGAUGAAGAGGAUGAUGAAGGAGAUCGAGAUGUGGGCGAUGAAAAAGAGGACAUCCAGGAAGCGCAAAAGCAAAAAGCAGAAGGACAAACUCCUCCCAUCUCUGAAAAGCUAGAUAAUUCACCGGCAAAAUCUACUGCCGAGAAUCAAGUACAGUCUCCUGUACGACCUGCCCGUCCCAAGCCUACAUCCAGAUCGGUAGAUUCUCCCGUCACUCAAGGUGCAGAGGAAGACUCAAGUGGAGUGGCCACAAAAAUUCACAGGAAUCGAAAGGCCAACUCCUGUGAGGCAGGCUUUAAUUCAGGCAUGGAGGAAGACCGCUCCGGCAUUGUGGAGAGGUCCUCAGACCCUAAACCCCCAGUGAAAAAGCCACGACUUCCCACAAGAAGAAACAAAUCCUUUGAUACUCCUGGUCAGCAAAGUCCAGAGCCAAGCAACAGUGAAGCUUCGUGAUCAAACAGUUCUGGGUUUAUUUUUUCAGGCAGAUGUACAAAAAAGUAAAGGAGAGGAUGGAUGUGGGUCAAACGAGAGAGUGAUGGGGUUGUAAGGCUUGAUCUUGUACCUGAAUGAAAUUGCAUUUCCAACUCUCUUUCAGUCAUGUUUCCACACACACACACUAGUGUUUUUCAUGUCCUUUAAAUUAUUCACUCACUUACCGGUAUUUUGAGUCAUUCAUUCAAUUUAAGUUGUUUCUUACAUGUCUGUUCUCUCUCUCUCUCUGUUUUCACUUAUUCUCUCAUUCGCACUUUUGCUUUUAUCAACAUUUAAUCAUUAUGCAGUACUGCUGUACCUACAAUGAGGAAUAUUUCCCACUUGCACCUCAUAAGCUGUGCAUGGAUUCAUUUACUUGCCUGGCUUCUUCCCAUGGCCUCAGAAUAUCAUGUAACCUCCAGCAUUGCCCCAGUUUCUAUUCCAUACCAGCUCAAAAAGCAAUCACACUGGUGGAAAAAAAUGUUUUGGGGGAAAAAGGGUCCUUGAAAAAUAAUCAGCAAGGGAUUGCUUCUUUUUUUUUUUUUUUUAAAGAAUUCAGUUCUGACUUUGAUUCAAAAUUGAAUGCAGUUUCACUUUCAUCAGUGUAUUGCAGCCGGACCACACUGAAAUAUUGAAACAUUGCUCCUGCGUCCUCCUAUGAGAUAUAAGUAUUUGUUUUAAUUGUAAUUCUGGAAAACUUAGUAGAAUGACAAACAAUGAGGCAAUAAAAACUAAAAAGGGCGUUCCUUUAUAUGGACAACAAUGACAUACAAGAUGGAAAAUGAUGCAGUGGGGCUGUGAUUGGAGAGUGGUUGCAGUUCAGUGUGACACAGCUGCAACACAGUGAUGAAAGGGAAAUGCAAUGUGGAAGGAAAUUGCAUUCAAGCCAGCGUUCUUAUUUUUUAAUUUUUUUUAAAAGCAAUUCUCUCAAGAUCAAGGAAUGCAAGAUGCAAUGCAAUGAAGUUUUACUUUUCAAUGUGUCAUGUUGUCUUCAAGUGAUUCAAUGCAGUUAAGGUUUUAAUUUGCAGUGUGUCAUGCUGUUGGUCAUGUGCUCUUUUUUGUGAUUGAGUUUCUAUAUGGCACUGAUUCAUUUCCACAGA